AUGAGAGGUUAUGGGCGCCAAAGGCGGGAGAAGAGACGAAGACACAACGUGAAUGAAAAUGACAGGCUCAGUAACUUGCCUGAUUGCAUUCUCCUUCACAUUUUGUCAUUUAUGAAUGUCAAAUAUGCAGUUCAAACUUCCAUGUUAUCCAAAAAAUGGAAAAAUCUUUGGAAACACCUUCAAACCCUCAUUGUACAUUAUUCCCCGGGCUUUUCGACCUUCCCGCAAUUCUCCAGAUUCGUGUCUAGACUUUUGACUCUUCGAGAUGGCCUGGUCGCGUUACACGAUCUAGAUUUUGAGCUUAAUCUUCCCAUUCAGCCCUAUCUCCUUGAAAGGAUUGCAAAGUACGCCGUUUCACACAAUGUCCAGCAAUUAGGAUUGACUGUCAUGUGUGACACUGGAAACUUUCCAUCCUGCAUCUUUUCGUCUCAGACUUUGACAUCUCUUAAGCUCAAUGUUCAGUCUGCAGAUCAUUUUUUUAAAAUGUUAUUUCCCAAGUCUCUUAAUUUGCCAGCAUUAACCACAUUGCAUCUAGAGCAUUUUGCCUUUUGUGCAAAUGGCAAUGACCGUUGUGCAAAGCCCUUUUCGUCUCUCAACAAGUUGAAUAGUUUGAACAUUGUCAGUUGUAGCUUGAGGGAUGCAGAGGUACUCUGCAUAUCAAGUACAACUCUUUGCAAUUUAACUGUGCAUAACCGUUCUCGAAACUUCUUGUACUCAAUCGAACUAUCUUCUCCGAAUCUUUGCACAUUUGCAUUUACGGGUGUUCCUUUUCAGCUCCUUAGUGGGAGCAGAAAUAUUUCUUCCCUUGAACAAGUGAAUAUUGAUGCACAAAUUCUGUCUAAUGAAGAAGCAAAGAUUGAUUUAGGAACAUGCUUAAAUUACCCCACGUCUACUCCUUUUAUUCUACUCAGCUGGUUGGAAGAGCUUGCCAAUAUAAAAUCGUUGACAAUCUCUACAAGUACUCUUCAGGUUCUCUCCUUAAUUCCUCAUUUAUUGGAGCUAAAGUAUCCUAUCUUGGGUAGCUUGAAGUCAUUGAAAGUGAUACAUAAACCACUUUCACAUGGAUUUAUUAAGAUACUGAUACAAGCCAAGUUACAGAAAGAAACUACCAAGUCAGGGAAAGCUAUUGCUGCCAAGUUAAGGAGAGCAAUGAAGAAAGAAAUGUUUUCAUCUAUACCUGAUGGUACAAUGGACUUUUUGCUUCAAAACUCGCCGUCCGCAAAGGUUGACAUCAUAAGUUGCUCAACUCAAGUGGAUACUCUAUAGUAAGGAUGAGGAAAUGUUAUUUCUUGUAUCAAAUGAAAGAAAGUUAAUUGGUGGUUCGUGGAAAUAUCUUAAAUUUAUCGGCACUUUUAUAUUCUGUAAUGAUGUUUGUGGAUUUUGGACCUCACUUUCAUAUAUUCAAGUUUGCACUAGCGUUUGUUUUUCUAUUGAAUAAAUCAU